AUGGGACCAAAUUUACCCACAAAUAUCUUUCUCAAGAAAAAUGUAAGUUCUACGAUUGAGACUGGUGAAAAAUCACCUGCCGAAUCUAAUUUGGAAGAGAGAGAUAUGAAAUCAAAUGGCGAAUAG